GGUUUAGAAUCAGACUCUUCAUGACAACCACCCGAUUAUCCAAAGAAAUCGUAUUUCCGACUGAAUAUUGUAAACCCAAAUUUUCAUCUCUCCCAAAAUCCCUCUGAUCUGCGAGAAAAAUUUGUUUCCAGUUCUAUCCAUAAAUACAACAAAGAUGGUGGGUGUGGCUGACUGGACAAAACUCCCGCCAGAACUCCUGGAAUCCAUCUCCGAAUACCUGAAACUCUACUCCGAUUACAUCAGUUGCCGAGCGGUUUGCCGCAGCUGGCGGUCCUCAAUCCCUAAAACCCCCUUACGUCUCCCUCCUCAGCUCCCCUGGCUCAUGCUCCCUCCUUCUCAAUCCCACCAAUGCCUACGCGCCUUCUACGACCUUUCCGCCAAUAAACUCCGAUUCCUCUCCGUCCCCGAAUCGUCCAACCCUAAUAAACGCCACUGCGGCUCUUCCCACGGCUGGCUCGUUAUCCUUGACGAAUCCCCUUCUGUUCUCCUCUUAAACCCCCUCUCCCGAGCCAAACUCCACCUCCCUCCUCUCUCUUCUUUCCCCAACGUCCACAGCUUUAACUACUCCCACAUCGGCAAGGAAUACUCCUUCCUCUCCCCUUCCGGUGAUCGCUACACUCGUAAUUUGCGCCAAAUGCGAGACUCAGUUAAAAAAAUCGUGCUUUCCGCCAAUCCUUCCAAGGAGUUACGUUUCGUUGCAGUGGCGAUUCUUAAUCAAACCGGCGAGUUAUUUUACUGCAGAAACAGCGAUGAUUAUUGGCGCUUUAUCCCAGGUACCCAAUCUUAUUCCGAAGAUGUCAUUUAUUGUAAGGGGUUGUUUUACGCUGUGAAUAAACAUGGAGGAAUUGUAAUCUGUGAUGUUCACCAUGAUUCGCCCCGGGUUUCCUUUGUCCAAAUACCGACACAAUUGGUCGGUGAUAUGCAAUAUUUGAUCAAUUCUGGAGAUGAACUAUUACUCGUUACCCGUCACCUUGAUCUUGAAUUCAAUUUCGAGCCUGAUCAGCCCUAUUUGGUCUAUAGGACGAAGCGAUUCCAGGUUUCUAGGCUAGUUUGGAGUGGGCCUCAUUGGGAAAGAGUGCAAAGUUUGCAUGAUAAGAUGGUUUUUAUUGGUGAAAAUUCUUCAUUAUCGUUGUCAGCUACGGAUUUUACAGGUUGUAUGGGGGAUUGCAUAUAUUUCACAGAUGAUUACUCUGAAAGUAACUAUGAUGGUGCUUUUGGGGAACAUGAUAUUGGUAUUUACAAGCUAUGGGAUGGGAGCAUUGAGCCAUUGCCCUGUUAUCCACGAAAUUCUCUCUUUAGAUUGCGUUGGCCUACACCACUUUGGGUUACACCUAGUCCAUGCUAAUGCGACUUGAAUGGAAUAUACAUGAAAGUGAUCCCGUCGCUAUGUUUUUUUUGGAAAAAUCUGCAUAUAAAAUGUGGUCUUCUGUUGAACGAUUAAUGCCUGUCUGGUUGUGAUGAUUAAGAUGUUUGUAUAGAUAUGAAUAUCAGCAAACUAUUAUUGCUUUUGUGAGACCCUAUAGAUACAUGAAAGUGCUUCC